GGCCUUUCCCUAAGCUCGGCUGGUUGGCUCCUGUCCCUUCUCCUCGCUAGCAGCAGCGCUUUAGCCCGGGUCUGGACCGAGUUAGAGUUGAGGAAGCGCCGGAGGAGCCGCGCAGGCUUCAUGCGACUCGCGGGGGGAAGGCAGCGGCUUUUCCCCAGAUCGGUGACAUAUUUUGAGCCAAAAGUCUUCAUUCUCUUCUGAUAAGAGUCACAUUUCCAGCACAGGCGAAACGCUGGGACAUCUUAAAUUUAACAGAUUACUGCACUAUUCUGAAUGGUUUUUUUUCUGGAAGGUCUGCAAGGUCUUUGAAAACAGUCCGAACACUCUUCUUGGUUACUGGGACCUACCACAAUGGCAACUGGUUUGGCCAAUGUAGGAAACUCUUUUGGAGGUCCAUCUAAUUCUCUGGUUUCUAGAUCUAAGUUCCAGAAUCCUUCUGUAGAAGAUGAUGAUGAUGUGGUGUUCGUUGAACCUGUACAGCCUCCUCAGAUUCCUGCUCCUUUAAUAACAGACCCUAGAAAUGUUGCUUUUAGUUCACCGACUACCGAAGAGCAUCAUGGAAGUGACUCCAAAGUAGCAACUCCUUCGAAAGACUUGAGCUCUCAGAAGGGAAGUAUAACUGAGACUAUUAUUAUUGAUGAUGAAGAAGAUAUGGAAACAAGUCAAGGGCUAGAGAAAAAUGAUUCCAGUUUCAGUGAACGAAGAUUUCCAGAGUGUAAAAACAGAGCCAAUGAGAUGGAAUUCUCAACACCCAGUUUUUCAAGAAGUAAGGUAAAUGCAGGAAUAGGUGGUAGUGGUAUAACCACAGAACCAGACUCUGAAAUUCAAAUUGCUAAUGUUACUACAUUAGAAAGAGGUAUGAGCUCUGUGAGUGUUGGCCGUUUAGAAAAUACUGAAGGGCGUGACAUGAACUUAAUGAUUACACAUGUAACAUCACUACAGAAUACCAACUUGGGAGAUGUAUCUAACGGACUGCAGUCAAGUAAUUUUGGUGUUAAUAUACAAACAUACACCCCGUCUUUAACUUCACAGACCAAGACUGGUGUAGGACCUUUCAAUCCUGGUAGAAUGAGCGUAGCUGGAGAUGUCUUUCAGAAUGGAGAAUCAGCGACUCACCACAACCCAGAUUCCUGGAUAUCUCAGUCAGCUUCAUUUCCCAGGAAUCAGAAGCAACCAGGUGUGGAUACUCUGUCACCGGUGGCCUCCCUUCCUAAACAGGUCUUCCAGUCUCCCACACAGCAGCAGCCUUCUAAGCAAGUUAAAGUGACCUGUGCUAACUGCAAAAAGCCUUUACAGAAGGGCCAGACUGCCUAUCAGCGGAAAGGAUCAGUUCACCUUUUUUGCUCCACUACUUGCCUUUCAUCGUUCUCACAUAAACCAGCUCCAAAGAAACUCUGUGUUAUGUGCAAAAAAGAUAUAACGACGAUGAAAGGUACCAUUGUUGCUCAGGUUGAUUCAAGUGAGUCCUUCCAGGAGUUUUGCAGUACAUCGUGCUUGUCCUUCUAUGAAGACAAACAGAAUCCCUCAAAAGGAAUCUUAAAUAAGUCAAGAUGCACGAUCUGCGGCAAACUAACAGAGAUCCGUCAUGAAGUUAGCUUUAAAAAUAUGACACAUAAGCUGUGUAGUGACCACUGCUUCAAUCGAUAUCGAAUGGCAAAUGGUUUAAUAAUGAAUUGUUGUGAACAUUGUGGGGAAUAUCUACCUAGUAAAGGUGCAGCAAACAACAUCCUUAUGGUUGAUGGAGAGCCGAAACGGUUCUGCUGCCAAAACUGUGUUGGUGAAUAUAAACAGAAAUAUGGCAAAUUAACAGCUUGUACUGGUUGCAAAACUCAGUGCAGGUUUUUUGAUAUGACACAGUGCAUAGGACCUAAUGGAUAUAUGGAGCCAUACUGCUCAACCUCAUGCAUGAACACACACAAAUCAAAAUUUGCAAAAUCACAAAGUAUGGGAAUUGUUUGCCACUUUUGUAAACGAAAUUCUUUACCUCAGUAUCAAGCCACAAUGCCUGAUGGGAUACUGUACAACUUUUGCAGCUCCAGUUGUGUAGCUAAAUUUCAGGCUCUUAGUGUACAGUCUUCAACAAAUGGCCAGUUUGCAGCUCCAAGCGAUAUUCAGCUGAAAUGUAAUUAUUGCAAAAACACUUUCUGCUCAAAACCUGAAGUACUGGAAUGGGAAAACAAAGUAUACCAGUUCUGCAGUAGAAUUUGUUCUGAUGACUAUAAGAAGCUGCAUUGCAUAGUAACCUACUGUGAAUACUGUCAAGAGGAGAAGACUCUACAUGAAACAGUGAAAUUUUCUGGGAUCAAGAGACCAUUCUGCAGUGAAGGUUGCAAGCUGCUGUAUAAACAAGAUUUUGCAAGACGGUUAGGACUGAGAUGUGUUACUUGCAACUAUUGUACUCAGCUGUGUAAAAAGGGAGCAAGUAAGGAACUUGAUGGAGUAAUGAGAGAUUUUUGUAGUGAAGAGUGUUGCAGAAAAUUUCAAGACUGGUACUAUAAGGCAGCAAGAUGUGACUGUUGUAAAACACAAGGAACACUUAAAGAGAAAGUUCAGUGGAGAGGGGAGAUGAAACAUUUCUGUGACCAGCACUGCCUUCUACGUUUCUACUGUCAACAAAAUGAACCUAACAUGGCAACACAGAAAGGACCAGAAAACUUACACUAUGAUCAGGGUUGCCAGACUCCCCGAACAAAAGUCACAGGAUCUGCACCACCUCCUUCCCCAACACCAAAUAAAGAAAUGAAGAACAAAGCGGUUCUUUGCAAGCCUCUGACAAUGACGAAAGCCACAUACUGUAAACCCCACAUGCAAACAAAAUCUUGUCAAACAGAUGAUGACUGGGAAAAAGAAUAUGUCCCUGUCCCCGUUCCAGUACCUGUAUAUGUACCAGUCCCUAUGCACAUGUAUAGUCAAAAUGUUCCAGUUGCUACAACUGUUCCUGUUCCAGUACCAGUUCCAGUUUUUCUGCCCACUACACUGGAUAGCAAUGAGAAGAUACUUGAAGCAAUAGAAGCACUAAAGAAUAAAAUCCCUUCCCCCACUGAGGAAACUAAAGAUUCACCAGUUGCUUCAGCAGAAGAGAUGCCUGGAAAAGAUGAUGUGGCAGAAGCCAUUGAGAUCAGAAGUGUAAUAACUGAGGCAGAAUUGCUUAAUUCAGAGGCUGAAACACAGAGCAGCUUGCCAGAUAUUCCAUACGAACCAGACCUUGAUAUUGAGGUUGAUUUUCCCAGAGCAACAGAGGAACUUGAUACAGAGAGUGAAUUUUUGCUGCUUCCUGUCUUUGGAGAGGAAUACGAGGAACAACCAAGACCUCGAACUAAAAAGAAGGGAGCGAAGAGAAAAGCAGUGUCAGAAUGCCACUCUCAGGAUGAUAGCUCUGAGAAUUCAGAGUGCAGUUUUCCCUUCAAGUAUGCGUAUGGUGUAAAUGCAUGGAAACACUGGGUAAAAACUAGGAAUCUAGAUGAAGAUCUGCCAGUAUUAGAUGAGCUGAAAUCAACCAAGGCAGUGAAAUUAAAAGAAGAUAUUGUAUCACAUACUCCGACUGAGCUAAACUUUGGAUUGGCACACUUUGUUAAUGAAAUCCGAAGACCAAAUGGAGAAAACUAUGCACCUGACAGCAUUUAUUAUCUGUGUCUUGGGAUUCAGGAGUAUCUCAAUGGAAGCAAUAGAAAAGAUAAUAUCUUUAUGGAUCCAAAUUAUCAUACAUUUGAGCAGGAAUUAAAUAAAGUACUCAGAAGUUGGCAACCAAGCAUUCUUCCAGAUGGUUCAGUAUUUUCUCGAGUUGAAGAAGACUACCUCUGGAGGAUAAAACAACUAGGAUCCCACUCUCCAGUUGCUCUUCUGAACACACUUUUCUACUUUAACACCAAGUAUUUUGGGCUGAAAACAGUGGAGCAGCACUUAAGACUUUCCUUCGGCACCAUUUACAGACAUUGGAAGAAAAACCCUCUAACAAUGGAAAGCAAAGCUUGUCUUGGAUAUCAGGUUUCCUCCCUAUGUGGAACAGACAAUGAAGAAGAUAAAAUUGCCAGUGGAAAGAGGAAGCAUGAAGAUGAUGAGCCAAUAUUCGAACAAAUUGAAAAUACAGCAGAUCCCUCUAGAUGUCCUGUGAAAAUGUUUGAAUGCUAUUUAUCUAAGAGCCCACCAAACCUCAGUCAGAGAACAGAUGUGUUCUAUUUGCAACCAGCCUGCCCUGAUUCCUCAGAUGACCCAUUCUGGUACACCUCCACUUCACUGGACCGCAAUACUUUGGAAAAUAUGCUUGUACGGGUUCUUUUAGUAAAAGAUAUUUAUGAUAAAGACAAUUAUGAACUGGAUGAAGACAUGGAUUGAACACUCCUCCAAACCAUUUGUGCAGGGGAAACACACACACAUACACACACACACUCACAAAACAGCAUUAGAUAGUCAAGCUGCUAGACUUUUACUAUGGGGAAAGAAACAUUUCAAGUUUACUCUUUGUUUUAACAUGUUUUGUAGCAGUGUACCCUCCACUGGGUAUUACCAUGUAAAUAAUCUGUGAGCGCGAAAGUGGCCAUUAUUCUUCAUAGUGGUUUUAGGAUACUUAACAAACACAUUCAUUUUUUUAAUUAUUAUUUAUUUGGUUAGGUAUGUUUAGCUUUUUACAUUGCAAAAUUUGAAUGAGAAUGUGCCAUGUGUAAUUUUUUUUGGGGGGGUGGGGCGUCAUAGUAAGCAACGUCUCUAUUGCACAGCUUCCCUGUUGCAGAGCUUCCCUGAAAGAGGGGGGAUCUGGGCUUUUACUGGGUUCUGAAGCCAGGUAGUUGUGUAUGGGUAACACUACUAAAGUUUAGAACUUGCUGUGUCUUUUCAGAAUUUUUUAAAUAAAUUGUAAACUAAUAGGUUUUUUACUUAGUUACUGAAGCCUUAUGAGGUUAUGUAGAGAGAGGGUUCCAUCUUAUGUACCAAAAAUAGACGAAAGAGAAUGCUGUUGAUAUUGAUGUACUGUGAUGUGGAUCUAUACUGGUGAAAAGAAUUUCUCUUUUUUUCUUUUUCUUUUUCUUUUGUUGCCCUUAUUAAAAGAAAACCUUAGUAUCCUUUC